GCGAGGCCGGCCUUGCUGCCGCCUCGCCUGGUCUUCCGUCUGGAGUCUGUGCGGCGGUGCCCACGAGAAGAAGCCUGGGGAAGCUCGGAUGAUGCUGGGGCUGUUGCGUGACGGUUUUCCAAAUGACAGCGAAACAACUGCGGAAAGAAGCAAGCGAUUUGCCCUUGAGAGAGGGGCCAUAGUUAGUGUUAAAAUUCAGGACCAGGUGGAACCUCGUAGAACAAAAUUUGGGAGUUUGAGAAAUCAAAACCCUUCGCUCUGGCCAUAGGUUGGAAAGUAGAGCUUAGCAAGAGAAUCAGUGAAUCUUCCCUUCUGGUUUUUGGAUUGUGGAUGUUCUGGAGCCUGAGUCAGAGCUACGCAAGGCUCAGGAAGAAGAUGCGAGCUAGCCCCAUCCGAAUCCCAACUGUCAGCAAUGAUACUGAGUGGGACUUCUGCUUCCAUCUCCAAACCAAGAUCCCAGCACACCAGCAAACAGAGGAGUUGCAUCCCACUAGUGGUCUGGAGAGUGAAGAAGACACUAAAGCCAAGGAGAAGACCAUAGACUGCAUGUCUCUUCGAGAGAAAUUAGUCCAGUCGCAGAAGAAAACAGCUCAGCUGAUUAAGGAAAAAUGCUGGGAGCAGGCAAAGCAUCAGAAUACCCAAGCAAACAAGGAGCUGAUUCGCUGUGUCAUCCUUUCUCGGAUUACUUUUGGGGAAGAACACUGGAAGUGUGCACAGGCUUUGGCCAGUCUGGCUUAUGGCUACCUGACACUCCGAGGCCUCCCAGCUCAGGCUAAGAAACAUGCUGAAUCGGCCAAGAACACGCUGCUGACCUGGAAGCGAAAGACAACCUCAGACAAGGAGAAAAAGGAAAUCCUGGAUGCUCUGGUCAUGCUCUAUUAUACUCUAGGGAUGGCCUGGCUCCUGAAGAACCAUGGCAGAGAAGCUUAUUUCAACCUGCAGAAGGCAGAGAGAAACAUGAAGGAGCUGAAAGAAUUAUAUAAGGGAGGCGUUUGUCCACAUGGAUUGCAAGUCUCAGAGAAAGACCUAACAGUUGCUUUGGGCAGAGCCUCCUUGGCCAUCCAUAGGUUGAACCUAGCUCUGGCAUACUUUGAAAAGGCAGUUGGCAACAUUAUUGCUACCAAGGGUGAUAGGACGUCAGAUCUGGUCACUCUGUACGAGGAAAUGGCUCAGAUGGAGCAGCUGAGGAGGAACCACAACCAGGCCAUCCAGUACUUGCAGCAGGCCCAUUCUAUCUGUGUUUCUUUGUUCACUGAAGUCAGCCCCCAAACUGCAGAGGCGAGUGCGUUAUUAGCCAAGGCUUAUACCAUGUCUGGAGAGGCCCGACACACGGAUGUUGCUGAGAUAUAUUUUCUAAAAAGUAUCAGAGCAUAUGAAACUGCAUUGGGCCCAGAGGAUUAUGAAACACUGAUGGCCAUUGAAGAUUUGUACAAGUGGCUUAUCCAUAAUGGGAAAAAACAGGAGGCUUACAGACUCAUAAAGUCUUCAUUGAAGUCUCAGGACAUCAGCUAUGGUAACUGUAGUGAAAAAGUGGCUGAAGCUUAUUAUAACAUGGGCAGGAUAUGUUUUGCCAAAGGAGACCUCAGAAAGGCAAUUCGGCUGUUAAGGAAGUGUCUGAUGAUUCAGAUCCUUUUAUACGGAAGUGAGCAUGGUAAAAGCAGAGACACAAAAAACGUCCUUACUCUGUUGCAAAGGGGUCAUGCAGAAGGAGGAACUGGGAAAAUGACUCAGAAAGAGUCUUCAGGGAAUUGGGAAAGUCAGCAAAGAACAGAAAAAAAAACCCAACUCAUUGGAGAAGAAAGUUUCGGAGAAGGAGUGGUCAAUAUUAUUGUCAUAAAAGACAUGAAGGGCCAGGUCAAAGAAAAGGAAAUGCAAAUGAUCAAUAAACGCAAAACAGGAUAUCCAAUCUCAAUCAGAAUUUAAAAAUUGAAAGCAUGAAAUACACUUUUAACCUAUCAUAUUUGUGGUAAUGAAAA